AUGUCUCCACAUGUUCCCAAAGAUGAGGACAUUGCCCUGGUCAAACUGCAGAGGCCCCUGGGCAGCCUGGAGCCAGUGAUGCCCAUCUGUCUGCCCUCCUUUAAUGAGGAAAUUACUCCAGGUGACCCCUUGUGGGUCACAGGCUGGGGCUUCACCAGGAGGGGAGGUGGCAAACUGUCCAAGACGCUGCAGCAGGCGAAGGUAGCACUGAUGGAGAGCGAUGCUUGCAAUGCAGCUGAGGCCUACCAGGGGCAAGUGACAGAAAGGAUGCUCUGCGCAGCACCCGAGGGCAGGGCCGACAUUUGCCAGGGAGACAGCGGAGGGCCCCUUGAUGCACAUGUGGCAGGGCCAGUGGCUCCUGGUAGGGUGAUCAGUUGGGGCCACGGCUGUGGCAGCCUCCGCCACACCAGGCGUCUCACCCAUGCGGCCUACCUCAACUGGAUCUACACCAUCCUCAGGCCACAGUGUUCUUCUGCCCCCCUCAGUGGUCAGGAAUUGAGCCUCCUCACGCCCUCCCAUGAGGGGCUGAGGAGCUCCUGCAGAAUCCUCACUGGGCUGUUGGUCCAUGGGGAGGGAGAGGAAACAGUAUCUUGA